UAAUUUCAUUUCUGAUUUUAAAAGAAAAUACUCUCUUUUCUCAGAUUCUCUUUCGUGGUAACCAAACAGGUUUUGUAGCUCUGGCUCGGAGAAACUUAGCAAAGCUUCAUAAGCAAGACUGAGAAAACAAGGUGAAUAUGAGGUGUCAGAUUUAUUUUCGUGAUGGGGAUUUGCCUUGUCGUCGCACACAGUUGCUGAGCAAAAUUAGUUUGUGAUCUGUCUUAAGAGAUGACAAAGCAUCGUUUUCGAGAGUCUAUAAAGUCAUUCUUUGGGAAUCAUGUUGAUCCAGAAAAGGAUGAGCAGCUUAAAGGAAGUAAAAUAGAAAUUGAUAACAAGGUGACAAAAAUAUUGAAGCUCGUCAAAGAUGAAGAAAAUGACUCCACGAAGGAACCACUUGUUGAGUUAAUUGAGGAUUUCCACAAACAUUAUCAAAGUCUUUAUGAGCAAUAUGAUCAUCUCACGGGAGAGCUGAGAAGAAAAGUUCAUGGAAAACGAGAAAAAGAUGCCUCGUCCUCAUCAAGUUCAGAUUCAGACUCCGAUCAUUCUUCGGAAAACAGAGGCAGUAAAAAUGGACAAGUGGAAAGUGAAUCUUGGAAAAUGGCAGACAGCAUUAAACAAGAACUCGAAGCAGCGAAUCUGGAAAUUGCCAAUCUUAAGAGGAAGCUGACGACUACGAGUGAAGAAAAAGAUGCUUUGAAUUCUGGUUAUCUAGCCUCUUUAAGCAAGGUGCGAGAAGCGGAGGAAAUCAUAAAAUGUCUGAAGCUUGAAUCUGAAAGAGCAGAGAACAAAAUAACACAAGUUCUGGUCGAGAAUGAAGAACUGAGGCAUAAACUGGACACUGCUGCAAAGUUGGAAGCUGAGGUGAAUCAAAGAUUGGAAGAUCUCAACCGAGAAAAUGAUAACUUAAUUCUCGAGAAAGAGUCUUCUUCUAAAAGAAUUGAAGAUGGUGAGAAGUUUACAGAAGAUCUUAGAAGAGAAGUUGAUCAGCUGAAAGAGGAAAAUAUAACCUUAAAGCAAGAGCUAGAAAGUGCUAGGGGCGAGGUUUCCAACUUGCAACCAAAGCUAGAAUCUGCAGAAAACCAAGUUACAGAAUUGAGAUACAGUCUUAAUGCUACUGUAGAAGAGAAUAAAUCUCUCCACUCAAAACUUUCCGAGGCUUUGAAUGAGGUUCAGCAGGCACAGGACAAAAUACAAGAACUCAUGACUGGAAUGAGUCAGUCAAAAGAUGAACUAGUUGAGAAAGAAAGAGAAGUUUCAACUCUAAAAGAGUUACAUGAGACGCAUGUUAAUCAAUCAUCUGCUCAGAUAAAAGGACUAGAGGGACAUGUGGCAAGCUUGGAACUUGAGUUGGAGAUGUUGCAAGCAGCAAGCAGAGAUAUGGCGGUGCAGAUAGAGAACAAAGCAAAUGAAGCAGAACAUCUGGGAGAACAAAAUAUAGGACUCCAAUCCAGAAUUUCAGUACUUGAGAUGAUGUCAAAAAAGAGAGAAGAAGAGCUUUUGACUCUCAAAAAGAAACUCGAGGAUGAUCAGAAAUUGGAGCUAGAAAGUCAAAUUAAUGAUCAACAGAGAAUGCUAGAGGAACAGGGAGAGGCAUAUAAGAAGUUGACCGAGGAAUGCCAACAGGUUGAGUGCAAGGAAAAUCUUGAAGUUGCAGAAAGGAAGAUGCAAGAAAUGUCGGAAGAAUUUGAAUCUAAAAGUCAGAUGGCAGCUGAUCUGAAGCGAAUGGUCGAGGGCCUUCAAAGGGAUUUGGAAGCAGAGAGAGAUGAGAAAAAUGAUUUAGUGAACCAGAUUACAGAUCAUCAGAUAAUUCUGAAAGAACAAGAAGAAGCAUUUAACAAGCUAUGCGAGGAGUACAAACAACUCGAAGCUUCAUUUAAAGACUGCAAGGCAAUUAUCGAAGUCACAGAAAUGAAAAUGCAAGAAAUGGCCGGAGAGCAUGAUAAGAGUGUUCAAUGCAAGGACCAAACAGUAGCUGAUUUGGAGCAAACUAUCGAAGACUUGAGGCGGGAUUUAGAAAUGAAAGUAGACGAGCUCAGUACUUUCACCGAAAACGUCCGCACAAUUGAAGUUAAGCUCCGUUUGUCAAACCAAAAACUUCGAGUCACAGAACAGUUACUAACAGAGAAAGAAGAGAGCUUCAGAAAAGCAGAAGCCAAGUUCCUGGAAGAACAAAGAAUGCUUGAAGAAAGGAUCACGACAUUGUCUGGAAUAAUUGCUGCAAACAAGGAAGUCUAUCACAGAAUGAUCACCGAUAUCUCAGAGAAUGUGAAUAAUACCUUGACUGGAUUUGAAGCUGUCAUCCAGAAACUCGAAGAAGGCUAUAGAAAGUAUGAGCAUUGUCUCGAAGAAACAUCAAAAGAGCUCAAGAUUGCUAAGCAUUGGGGUCAAGAAACAAAAAGAGAGAAAAAGCAGCUUAUAAAUGAAGUGACUAAUUUGAUUGAGCAGUUGAAAGAUCAGAAAGAACAAGGAUCUACAUUACGAGAAAGAGUCGAGAAGCUACAGAUUAAGGCGAACAAGGAAGAAGGGGAGAAGGAGAAUCUGCUGAAAACCGUGAAGCAACUGGAGAAUAAGGUUGAGUUCUUGGAAAGGGCAAUGAAAGAGAAGGAUCAAGGUAUAUUAGGUCUAGGAGAGGAGAAGAGGGAGGCCAUUAGGCAACUCUGCAUUUGGAUCGAUUAUCACCGCAGCCGUUGCGAUGACCUGAAGGAAACCGCCCGAGUACAAAGGGCAGCGUAGAGUAAGCUGCUUAUAUCUUUCAUUACAUUGUCACGUUCUUUCUGGUUUUGCAUUUGUGGAUUGUUUUCCAUUGUUUAAUUUUUUGAAAACUCUCAAGUUGGCUGUUGAUAUUAGAAAUACAUUUUCAGGUGAUGUCCGGAGAACAUGUCUGAUAAAACAUCCUUUUUUUUAUAUC